CGUUGCGGCUGCGCGACGCCGCGAGCCCGGCCGGUCAUGGCCGCCUCCGUGUUCUGCUGCUGCCCGUGUUGCAGGGAUGGCGGCGAUGGCAGCAUCCCGCUGAAGGAGAUGCCAGCGGUGCAGCUCGAUACGCAGCGCAUGGGAACAGAUGUUGUCAUUGUUAAGAACGGCAGGAGAAUAUGUGGCACAGGAGGCUGCUUAGCCAAUGCACCUUUGCAUCAGAACAAGAGCUACUUCGAGUUUAAAAUCCAGUCCACAGGCAUUUGGGGUAUUGGAGUUGCAACCCAGAAAGCCAACUUGAACCAAAUUCCGCUUGGUCGAGAUGCCCAUAGCCUGGUGAUGAGGAACGACGGAGCUCUCUACUACAACAACGAAGAGAAAAACAGGCUACCAGCAAACAGCCUUCCCCAGGAGGGUGAUGUGGUGGGCAUUACCUAUGACCAUGUAGAAUUAAAUGUGUACUUGAAUGGGAAGAACAUGCACUGCCCAGCGUCAGGGAUCCGAGGCACUGUCUACCCCGUGGUCUAUGUUGAUGACAGUGCCAUUCUGGAUUGCCAGUUCAGUGACUUUUAUCACACACCUCCACCAGGGUUUGAGAAGAUCCUUUUUGAGCAGCAGAUCUUCUGAGUGUCUUCCUGCCGAGCCCUUGCAGCCUGCACUGUUACAAAAGCGUUGUCCUCUUAAAUAAAGCUUCACUUUCCUUUUAGGAGACAUAUCUAUGUUUUUAGUAAGUACUUGUGGCUGCUGUCUGCAGAAUGAAUGUUAACUGCCACACCAGGGAACUGUUGCAAGUGGAGAGUUCUGGCAGUGGUUUUGGUUGGAAAGGGAGUGUUUGGGGGCAGCUUUCUCUCUGAUGUGUCCUAGGUGUGUGGGGGGGAUGUUGCUGUCAUCAGUGUUACACUCAGUGUUUGGAAUAGGCUGGAGCUCUGUAAAGCAAACAGUUAUGAUGCAUAUGAUAGCUAUGGAGGUGGAGAGGAGUUGUUUCCCAGCUGGUUUUUUUUCCCCCACACAGAAGUUAUGUACUUUGUAUGAAAGCAUCACUGUGUUUCCAGCCUGUGAUUGGGAGUUGCAGUGUCCCAGUUGUGCACAGUGAGUAAUGGCAUAACUGCUAGCUGGAUACAGCUGGGGACCUUUUGGCUGCUCCUUCCUUUUG